AUGAUUCAACUUGAAGAGCGCGAUAUUCCUGUGAUUCCAGGUGAUAGACUCGGUGACGAAGAGGCGCAGGAACUACGCCUAAUGGUAGCGGAGCUAUUAGGACGACGCAGCACUUCGUUUCCAGGCUCACAACCGGUGUCAUUUGAAAGAAGGCACUUGGAAGAGACCCUCAUGCAGAGGGAUUACUUUGUGUGCGAGAAGUCGGAUGGACUAAGGUGCCUUUUAUUCAUCGUCAAUGACCCUCAAAAGGGAGAAGGUGUGUUUUUGAUCACCCGGUCAAACGAUUACUACUACAUCCCCAAUAUCCAUUUCCCGCUUUCUGUUAAAGAAACUAAAGAUAACUUGACAUAUCACCACGGCACGCUUUUAGAUGGCGAAUUGGUUUUGGAGAAUAAGAAUGUUAGCGAGCCUGUUCUUCGAUACUGCAUUUUUGAUGCUUUAGCUAUCAAUGGAAAAUGUAUAAUCGAUCGUCAAUUACCCAAAAGGUUAGGCUACAUCACAGAAAAUGUCAUGAAGCCGUUUGAUCAGUUCAAAAGAAUGAAUCCUGAGGUUAUAAAUUCUCCUGAUUUUCCAUUCAAAGUGGGGUUUAAGUCGAUGUUGACGUCGUAUCAUGCAGAUGACGUCUUGAGCAAGAUGGACCAGUUGUUUCAUUCAUCUGAUGGAUUGAUAUACACCUGCGCUGAAACGCCAUACGUGUUUGGGACUGAUUCGACAUUACUAAAAUGGAAACCAGCAGAGGAAAACACGGUUGAUUUCCAGCUUGAAUUUGUCUUCAAUCAGUUUCAAGACCCCGAUAUGGAUGAGAGAGACCCAUCAUCGACAUACACCGACUACGACUCCAAACCCAAUUUGAUAAAAUUGCGGGUAUGGCAAGGAUCCAAUGUUCAUACGGAUUUCACCCAGUUGGACUUGACUGAUGAUGAUUGGGAACGAUUGAAGGCUUUAGGUGAGCCACUACAGGGUCGCAUUGCAGAAUGCCGUCAAUCUUUGACAAGAAAGGGUUACUGGGAGAUGUUGCGAUUCAGAAAUGACAAAAGCAGCGGAAACCACGUUAGUGUUGUUGAAAAGAUCUUGCUAAGUAUCAAAGACGGUGUUAAAGAGAAGGAAGUAAUUGACAGUUGUAAAAAGAUUGCACUGGCUUGGAAACGUCGAGAACAAGAACGCAAACGCAGACAUUCAAAUGGUGGGCCGGUGCCGCCUUCAUCACAUUCACAUAAUCAACACAGAGACUCUUCAUAUGACGAACAGCAACCCCCUUUGAAACGAGUGAGGCGUGAUUCGGGAGCCCAGGAGCUGCUGUCUCGACAGCCACAGCCUCAAGAACAAAAUGAGAAUCAACUAGACGAUAUCCCAACCUACGAAGACAGUGACGAAGAGUAA